GAAGAUCUCCCAUCAGGCCUUGUCCCUCUGUUCCUCCACCUCGUUGUUGCUUUCGUAACCAUGCGCAUCCUGUGAUUCGGAAGAGUAUGCGCUCCUCUCCAGUUGUGCGUUAUCUCCAACUGGGUCUUAACCAUCGUCUCUACCCUGAUGAGUAUCAUGUUUAUCCACUCACCUUUCGCUCCUGGUCCGCUCUGCUCUUCGCUUGUGCUUGUUAUUGACCAGGUGUCCACUCUCGGGCUGUCUGCUUGCCCACAUCCAAUAUCUAGUCGGCCAUCCCAAGUAUAAGCUAGACCUGAUUUGCGCUAUCACUACCUUGACGGUCGUAUCCGCCCACCAUCGCUGGUCAUUUCUUCCUCAUGUCUCUCCGCCGCUUGUCCAUCAUGUCUCUCAUUGCUCUCGGGAUUAUCGGCCAUCGUUGUCAAGGCCAUUGCUCGCGUCUUCACCCUGUAACCCUUGACUCAAGUUGUCAUCACUGUGCUUGACCCCGACCGCCGCCGAACCCCUAGUUCGCUGUCAGACACAACGCCGAGGUCUUCUCAUGUCUCUUUUGUUACGCAUGGAGUUCCCGAGUCAGCCAGCGCCAGCUGUUGACUCGGGAACUUCUGGAACAGGCACCAUCGUUCAUGCUGGCGAUAAAUUGGCAACCGGGCGAGAUCUGGCCGCUUGCAGAUCAUAAAUCGGAACGCUCUGGUGUCCUUGGGACCUUGCUGUUUCUUGCGAUGUUUGACUCGGGAACGCAAAUAUGCUAUCAAAAACUUCAAAUUUUGCCAUCGCGCUUGGUGCAUCUGCUUCCAAUAACUGAACGCGCGAAUCCUAGUACUAUCUGGACGGAAAAGCGAACACCCACUCUCCUCCUGGUCAUUGAUCGUGCAAGAAUUUGUUACCCGGCUCGCUUCAGAAAUUUGGUCUACUGUAACGCGUUUCCGUUCGAAUGGAGAGAUCAAGGUGUCGCACUCCAUGUCUCAAGGAAUCUGUAUCACGUUCAAUAUAUUUCUUGGGUAUAUUUCUUGCGCUCUACAGUUCUCCCAGGGCUCUCUUGCUUGAGGGUGCAGGUACUGCAAGCCACACCUUUGUCUGAUGUGCACCAAUACGGACGUUGCGUAUGCUCCCUUGGACUGUCCCCACGCUCUUACCCCAAUUCCCAGUGCUGUCUUUCUGCCAAAGAUCAGAAAGUUGGUAGGGUUGCUGUUGGUAUGCUUUUCCCUACGGCCAAGAACGCUAUUAGCAGGUGUUUGAACGCAUCAUGACUGGGGAACGGCAUUACCUGGUCAACGAAUACAUCGGUGAAAUCGACAUCGGUAGUUUGCUGCUUGGGAGAAGUAUUCAGAAGCGCGAUCACGAAGCGGCUGGGAACCUAUGUUCAGUUUUGUGGUCAAAUUAGCAGAAAGGGAAACCUAUCACGUACUUGUUGGACAGACUUCCGGCCCAGAGUUGCAGGUCGCCGCCAUCCGGUAUGGUUCUCUUCCACAUCCGGUUUGCAGGACCAACACCAGCAUCCUAUUAAAGUAUGCAUAAAUUUGUGAAUAG